UUUAAGUCGAAUCAAACUCAGCCCAACGCAGCAGAUACAUUCUCACUCCAGGAGGACCAGAACUUCCUAGAAGAGAGGGCCAUAGAUGUAUGUCAGAUAGAAUGAUCACGGUCACCCCAACCCGAUGAUUUGUCUCUCAUAAUCGAAAUGAACCUCGAAACAACCAACGAUUUCCCUGAUUCAUUCAUAGUUGGUGACUAUAUACUGAAAUCAAAGCUGGGAGGGAGUUCACUUUCCUCAGUUUGGAAAGCGGAGCACAGAGUAACCGGUGAAGAAGUGGCAGUGAAGCAAGUUUACCUCUCUAAACUCAACAAACACUUGAAGAACUGUUUGGAUUGUGAGCUUAAUUUCUUGUCCUCUGUCAAUCACCCCAAUAUCAUUAGCCUCUUCGACGUGUUCCAGGUGGAAAGUUGUAUAUUUCUGGUUUUGGAAUUUUGCAAGGGGGGAAAUCUAGCCUCUUAUAUUCGACUGCAUGGGAGAGUUCAAGAGGAGAUUACUAGAAGAUUCAUGCAACAGCUUGGGGCUGGUCUGGAAAUUCUACAAAGCCACCAUAUCAUUCAUAGAGACUUGAAACCAGAGAACAUUCUACUAUCUGGGCAGGAGGCUGAUGUGAUUCUCAAGAUAGCUGAUUUUGGUUUAUCAAGAAGUGUGCAACCAGGCAAGCAUGUUGAGACGGUAUGUGGUUCUUCAUUAUACAUGGCUCCAGAAGUUCUUCAAUUCCAAGGAUAUGAUGACAAGGUUGACAUGUGGAGUGUUGGUGCAAUUCUUUUUGAGCUUCUUAACGGUUACCCACCAUUCCAUGGUAGAACUAAUUUUCAGUUGCUGCAGAACAUCAAGUCAUGUACAUGCCUUCCAUUCUCUCAAUUCAUCCUUCAAGAGUUACAUCCAGACUGUAUUGAUAUGUGUUCAAGGCUACUUUCUAUAAAUCCAGCAGCGCACCGUCUGUCCUUUGAUGAGUUCUAUCAUCAUCAGUUCAUGAGAAGAAAAGGAGCAAGGUAGUAGUACUAUGGUGAAUAGAUUCAUAACCAGCUUCAAUACUUCAGCUUUGGCUUCUGCUUUGCGCCUCUUUAUGGGGCCACAAAAUCUCAAACAUAGCUAGACUUAUCUCAGAUAUCGCCUUGUUCUUCCUGUUUCACUAUCUGCACAAAUCAAAGGUAUUCAUCAUUUUCACAGGGAAAGAACUAUUGUCAUCUUGUAGACUGGUACAAGCCCAAGUUUUCUCAGCAACAAGGGUAGAAUUUUGAGCUGCUGUGCAAUUCAGUUAUUGCAGUAGUCAUGACUUAAAAUGUUUCAACAUUUUCAGUUAGCCAAAUCAAGUUCUGAGGUAUGUUCCUUCAUAUGGGCAUGUAGUGUACUCUGCUCUUUUGGUGUUAGAUCUUUCUUAAAAUUUUGUUGUAAUUACAAAAUGAAUUUAUCAGGAAACGGUUGGGUAUUUGUAACUUGCAAAUUCUACUCUUUCAGAUUAGAAUUCAUGUUGUGUAGUUCAUUUUGUGUACAUUCGUGUAACGACCAUUUCUUUAUAUUACUAUUUAUUUUAUUUAUUAUUAAAUCAAAUGCUUUUUAUUUA